AUGACCCAGAUCCCAGCACCAGGCGGCGACGCACCAGCGCCGCAGUCGUCCUCGACGUCACAGCCAACCGCCCAACCGGCAUCGGCGACAACAAUAACGGCCCGCCGCCGGAGUGCCUCGCCCGAGGGCAGCUACUAUGCCAUGAGCGACGACGAAGAGGGCGGUUACAACACCGUGACGCACACGGAGACAGGCCGUGGCGUGAAGCUGCUCUACUCCAAGAGCAAGGUCUACAUCCACCCUACACCCUCUGCAAAAGACAACAUCAGUGGCUUUAUUGCCCUGCUGCAGCAGAAGCCCGCUCGCCGCGACAGCCAUGCCGACCGCCCGACAUCGUCUUCCUCGCUCAACUCUGCCUCCCUCGACCCGUCUUCGUCCGACCUCCUGCUCGCAUGGCUGCCCGAGUCGUCCCUUGGUGACGCUGCCAGUGUCUACGUCAAAGUCGAUCUCAACGACGAGGGCGACUCGCCGCCCCGCCAGACCUACCUCGUUCCUCCGCCGCCGACCAUUACCACCCACCAGGGCUCCGUCGGCCACUAUGCCUUUGCCAUACCCGUCAGUGCCAUCUACUCGCUGCUCGUGCGGCCGCCCAGCCUGGGCUGGUGGUUUGGGUCCGUGAUUAUCAACACCCGUGCUGGUGACAGCUUCCCGGCACUCUUCUUCCACGACAGCGAGUGCAUGUCGACGAUGCUGCAGAAAAAGAAGCGGGCCCGCGAGACGUUCGAUCCCUUUGGUGCGGACGGCGGCAUGUUCUGGGGCGGCGACGAGGUCCUCCGCUGGCUGCGCCGCUACGUCCACAUCGAGCGCAGCGGCGCCGAGCCCAACAUUUAUCUCGUCGAGCCCACCAAGGAAGACAGCGACGCGUUCAGCGGCAAGCUCACCACGAGCUCCGUCUCGGCCAUUGGCAAGCGAGACAGCAUGACGGCCGGCGACCGGCGGACCUCGGGCCAGGCACCGGGGGCCGGGGGCCCGUCCAGCCGACGCCAGCCGACCGGCGGUGGUGGCUCUCGUGACGCCGGCAUGGAUCCUUUCAUGAAGUUUGUCAAGGAGACGGGCUGGAACAUUAUGGAAAAGUUCAGCAAGGUCACGACGUUCACACGCAACGCCGCCCAGAACGUGCUCGACGACCCCCGCGUCCCGCCGCAGAUGCGCCGCCUGCUGCGCAACCCCGAGGUGCAGACCAUCCAGGAGGAGUUUGACAGCGCCCGCAUUUACCUUGCGCGCUGGGCCAUGGGCAUGGCGGAGCAGAGCGAUCGCGACCGCAACCAGCGCAUCUGGACGGCCCACGACAUUAUGGAGCUCGAGGACACCGACGUCGGCGAGUUUGAGCUUGUCGACAGCGCCACCGGUCUCUCCCUCGAAGAGCGCCGCAAGCCCGUGACGCUCAAGGAGUGGAACUCGUUCUUCGACGCCCGGACCGGCCGCCUGUCGGUGACGACCGACGAGGUCAAGGAGCGCAUCUUCCACGGCGGCCUGCACGCCGAGGACGGUGUCCGAAAGGAGGCCUGGCUCUUUUUGCUCGGUGUACACGAGUGGUACAGCACGGCCGACGAGCGCAAAGCCCGGACCGCGUCACUGCGCGAUCAGUACAUUAAGCUCAAGGGCCAGUGGUGGGACCGUCUCGUCGACCUGGGCGGCCAGGGCGAGGAGGGCGAGUGGUGGCGCGAGCAGCGCGGGAGAAUCGAAAAAGACGUCCACCGCACAGACCGCAACGUAGUCAUUUUUGCCGGCGAAAACAUCCCGCACCCCGACCCGGACUCGCCGUUUGCAGAGGUCGGCACCAACGUGCAUAUGGAGCAGCUCAAGGACCUGCUCCUGACGUACAAUGAGUACAACCGCGAGCUGGGCUACGUGCAAGGCAUGUCCGAUCUGCUGGCGCCCAUCUACGCCGUCGUGCAGGACGACGCCCUCGCGUUUUGGGCCUUUCAGCAUUUCAUGGAGCGCAUGGAGCGCAACUUCUUGCGCGACCAGUCGGGCAUGCGCGCCCAGCUGCUGGCGCUCGACCACCUCUUGCAGUUUAUGGAUCCAAAGCUGUACGACCACCUGCGCAAGGCGGACAGCACCAACUUCUUCUUCUUCUUCCGCAUGCUGCUGGUCUGGUACAAGCGCGAGUUUGACUGGCUCGAUGUGCUGCGGCUGUGGGAGGGCCUGUGGACCGACUACCUGAGCAGCAGCUUCCACCUGUUCAUCGCGCUCGCCAUCCUCGAGAAGCACCGCGACGUCAUCAUGAUGCACCUCGAGCAGUUUGACGAGGUGCUCAAGUACGUCAACGAGCUGUCGGGCACCAUCGAUCUCGAGUCGACGCUCAUCCGCGCCGAGGCGCUGUUCCGGCGGUUCCAGCGGCUCGUCGAGGCCGUCGACAAGCAGAACAAUUUCCCGGCACCUCGCCUCAAGACGGACCACUCGUCGGCCUCUGCAGCGUCUGCAGCAUCAACGGCGUCGUCCAAUGCCACGAUUAAGCCGGCCGGUUCAAGCAGCGGCGGCGGCGCCGAGAUGAAUUCCAUGCCGGGCAACGACCAGCCGUCGUCGUCAUCGAGUCCCUCGGCGGCUGCCGCUGGCAAGGCACCGGAGGCACGCAACAGCACUGCGCCCAGAGCUGUCGCUGCACCGGCCAAAGCGGCGCAGCGGAUCAUCACGCCGGAACUUCGUGGCCUGUUGAGCCGCAACAUUUACGUGGUGCCCAAGAACCAGCCUGGCAGCGACAAGAUUCUCUGGGGCAACAUGAAGAAGUAG